UGAAGAAACCAAUUACUUCUGCGUUUCAGACCUUCUGUAUCGUUCCAUCCUUUCUUGAUUCAGUCUUUUCCACAUAGAAAACCAUGCCAGUUGUAGAGCUUUUCAUUGGUGCGUUCCUCCAAGUGCUGCUUGACCGAAUGGCGUCUCAGGAGUUGCUGAACUUUGCACGCCGAGAAGGACUUGGAAAAAAGCUGGACAAAUGGAGGAAAACGUUGCCACUAAUUCAGAAUGUGCUUAAUGAUGCAGAGGAGAAGAAGCAUACUAACGAGGGGGUGAAACAGUGGGUGGAUGAUCUUAGAGACUUGGCUUACGAUUUAGAAGACAUUCUUGAUGAUUUUGCCACGGAAGCUUUGGUACGCAAAUUGAGGGGAGAAAAUAAGGUACGCAAUCUCAUGCCUGCUUGUUGUACUGGUUUGACUCCACGUGCUCUUAAGAUCAAAAUUAGGCUGGAGUCUAAGAUUACUGAAAUUACCGAUCAAUUCAACGAUCUCAUGAUGAAAAGAAGUGAAUUGAGAUUGGUAGAAACUGUUGAGGGGUGGUCAUCUGGGAAAACUAGGACACUGGCGCCAACAUCUGUCAUGAAUGAAUCUCGUGUUUAUGGGAGGGACAAAGAUAAAGAGGCUUUACUUAAAUUGUUGCGGAGUGAAAAAUGUAUGGAUGCUCAAGUCUCUGUGAUUCCUAUACUUGGUAUGGGGGGUAUAGGAAAGACAACUCUAGCCCAAUUUUUAUUCAAUGAUGAAGAAGUGCAAAAAAAUUUUGAUCUAAAAGCUUGGGCUUACGUUUCUGAAGAUUUUGAUGUUGUUAAAGUCACAAAAACAAUUUUGAAAAAUGUCGACCCUGAAAGUUGCAAUGACAAUGAUGAUCUGAAUUUGUUGCAACUCAAACUAAAGGAGAAAUUGGAAGGUAAGAAGUUUCUAGUAGUUCUGGAUGAUCUUUGGAAUGAGAAAUACAAUGAUUGGACUAUCUUACAUGCUCCUUUUCAAGCAGGGGCUCCAGGAAGUAAAAUUAUCAUCACAACUCGAAGUAAGAGAGUUUCAUCAAUGGCGGGUACUGUUCCAGCUCACAAUUUGCAACUGUUAUCAAAUGAUUUUUGUUUGUCGUUAUUUACCCAACACGCAUUGGAGGCAAUCGAUUUCAGUGCACAUCCAAACCUUCAAGAUAUCGGUGAGGAAAUCGUAAUUAAAAUGUGUAAAGGAUUGCCUUUAGUGGCAAAAAUCCUCGGAGGCCUCCUACGCGGUAAACGAGACCGUGAUGAAUGGGAAAAUAUAUUGAAGAGAAACAUAUUGAAUAUACCAGAAGUGAAAAAUGAAAUUAUUGCAGGUCUUAUGCUGAGCUACAAUGAUCUCCCUUCACAUAUAAAGCGGUGCUUUGCAUAUUGUUCAAUACUUCCUAAGGGCUAUGAAUUUGAGGAGGAGGAGCUUGUUCUGUUGUGGAUGGCAGAAGGUCUAAUUCAAGAAAGAGAAGGGGAUAAGCAAAUGAAAUCUUUGGGUAGCGAGUAUUUUCAAUAUUUGUUGUCAAGGUCCCUUUUUCAAAAAUCAAGGGAUACAUCGCGAUUUAUGAUGCAUGAUCUUAUCAACGAUUUCGCUAAAUUGGUUGCGGGAGAUACAUGCUUUAGAAUGGAGGAUCAAAUUGGGGGUAGUAAUGGAAGGAGACUUCCUAAAAAGGCUCGCCACUCUUCUUACAUGCGUGGCAAAUAUGACAGUACUAAAAAGUUUGAGGAUUUUUUUGAACUCACAUGUCUACGUACCUUUCUGCCUCUUAUGCUUCCAAGUCCUGGAAGUCCUGAGCAAUCGUAUUUGACUUAUAAUAUCCCUUUUCAAUUGUUUUCGAAAUUACGAUGUUUGAGGGUGUUCUCUUUGAAUGGAUAUCACAUACAAGAGCUACCAGAUUCAAUUGGUGAUUUGAAACAUCUACGGUACCUUAACCUUUCAUAUACUGGAAUUAGAAGUCUGCCUGAAUCAACAACCACUCUCUGUAACUUACAAACACUGAUAUUGGAGGGAUGCUCUUAUCUAAAGGAAUUGCCUUCAAAGUUAGGGAACCUGGUCAACUUGCACCACCUCAACAUUCUCAAUGCAAAUAAGUUGGAAGGAAUGCCUCCUCAAAUAGGUAAAUUAACUUGUCUACAAACAUUGUCUAAUCUAAUUGUGGAAAAAGGCAAUUGCUUUGCAUUAAAAGAGCUAGGUUCUUUGUUGCAUCUACAAGGGACGCUCAUCAUCUCACGAUUGGAAAACGCCAUUGAACUUGGGGAUGCAAGUAAUGCUAAGUUAAUUGAAAAGCUCAAUCUUACUGAGUUGUUCCUGGAAUGGAGUGUCAAUGUGGAUGAUUCACAAGACAGAACAAGUGAGUUAGAGGUACUUAACAUGCUACAUCCAAACGAGGAUUUGAAAAAGUUCACUAUCAAGUGCUAUGGUGGUUCCAAAUUUCCGACUUGGUUAACAUGUAAUUCUUUUCAUAUGGUGCUCCUAAGGAUUGAAAACUGUAAAAAGUGCACAUCAUUGCCACCGGUCGGCCAACUACCAUCGCUCAAACACCUUUUCAUCGAGGGCAUGACUAGUGUGAAGAAUGUAGGUGCUGAGUUUUCUGGCGGUAGUUGCUCACAACCUUUCAAAUCCUUGGAAACUUUGUGUUUUAAGGAUAUGGAAGAAUGGGAAAGCUGGAGCCCUAAUGGAGAGUUCCCAAACCUGGUAGAGCUUUCUAUUAAAAAUUGUCCUAAGCUAUUGGGGAAGUUACCUAACCCCCUUCCUUUAUUAAAAAAGGUUUUGGUAGAAGAAUGUGAAAGAUUGGUGGUUUCAAUUUCAAGCUUUCCUGAACUCUGCGAACUACAAAUUGAGGGAUCGACAGGGGUUGUGUGCAAAAGUAAGGUGGACUUCAACUCACUAAACUCCAAGUCUCUUUCAAAAAUUUCAGAAUUCACAUGUCCAAUAGAAGGGUUCAUUUUUGAUGUAAAAGAUUUAGCGAUUGAAAAUUGUGAAGAACUAAGGUCUCUGUGGUCAAAUGAUGUGGGAUUACUACAAACCCUCUCCUGUCUUCAUGCUUUGCGGGUUAUUGAAUGUCCAAAACUAAUUGCUUUGGUGGCAGAUGAAGGAAAUGAGCAGCCACAACCGAAUUUGCCAUCCACAUGCAAUGGCAUGGAAUAUUUACCCAAGGCAAUGGUGUACAACAACAAAUGUCUUGAGCGUAUUUAUAUUCGUGGAUGUGAUUCACUAACGCACAUUGCAAUAGGCCAGCUACCUCCAACUCUAAAGUGGCUAAUUAUAAAUGAUUGCAAGAAUAUGUUGAUUUUGCUGUACGAGGAUGAUACCAACAGUUGCAGUAGCAACACAUCUCUUCUUCAGCGCUUGAGCAUUCAGGAUUGUCCAUCCCUCAAAUCCUUAACAUCAAGCGGAGAAUUACAUGCAACACUUAAACUCCUCCGCAUUAAAAAUUGUCCAAAGCUGGAGUCAAUAGCAAAGAGCUUCCAUGACAACUCGUCUCUUGAGGUGAUUGCCAUUUGGAGUUGUGAUAACCUUAAAUCUUUACCCAUGGGCUUGGACACCCUCACCCGUCUAAUUCUAAUUGAUAUCCAAAAAUGUUCAGCCCUUGUUUCCUUCCCAGACGAAGGGUUGCUCCCUGUCAACCUUGAAGCACUGUUGAUUUUCGAUUGUGAGAAAAUGCAGGCCCUACCCAACUGCAUACACAACAUCACCUCUCUUCACGACUUGGAUAUUUGGCAAUGUCCAAUGGUAUCAUUUCCAGAAGAAGGUUUUCCCACCAACCUCACAAGUCUUCAAAUCUGGGAUUGCAACAUCACUGAGUCCUUGCUUAACUGGGGCUUGCACAAGCUCUCGUCACUUAGACAUCUUGAAAUUAGAGGUGGAUGUCCGCAUUUGGAGUCCUUUCCAGAAAUGAUGCUGCCUGCGUCUCUAACCAGCCUCUACAUCAGAGACAUCCCGAAUUUGAAAUACUUACCUUCAAAUGGCUUUCGAUACGUCUCCUCUCUUAAAACAUUGAGAAUUGGUUGGUGCAAAAAGCUGAAGUCCUUUCCAGAAGAUGGUCUGCCUCCCUCACUCUUGCAUCUUUCCAUCAUAUGCUGUAACAACUUUACGUCCUUUCCAAAGGAUGGCCUGCCUCCUUCACUCCAUCGACUUGAUAUUGCAAACUGUCCCCGGUUAAAAAAACGCUGCAAGAAAGUUCACGGACGAGAGCGGUUAAAGAUAGCCCACAUCCCGUGCAUUCAAAUUAAUGGUAAGUCCAUCUAUGACCCAGAGGAGAAUCAUCCCCUGGAUCAAGACAAACUACAUGCUUUGUUUUGGUCGGAAUGGAAGCCUUUCCGUAUAAAUCCAUAGGCUCACCAUCCCCAGAACAGGAGGCUCCUUUGAUUGUCUUCUGAAGCUUGGCGUUGGAACGACCCUCUUGUUGCUGUUCUUGUUGGUUUGGUGAAGGUGCGACUAUUCUUGUUGGAGUCAACGACAUCAGAGGGCUUUCGACGAUUGAGUUUUUCAUUAUUAAUUGCCAUGUUGCUGAUCAUUCCAGAUUUGCGAAUCAUUAC